AUGUCUUCUGAGCAAUCGCCUGUGGAAGACCUUCAGGAUGCGACGUCGCCUAACAACGCGCACGCGGACGACACGGUGAACGGGACUGCAGCGAAUGACGAAGAUGAAGGAGGAGAUGACCUAUUUGGCGAUGAGGAAGAUGAGGCGGCAGUAGAGGCAGAGACGCCUGCUAGAAGACAGUUGGACGAUGCAGAGCUCGACUCCGGCGACGAUGAAGGCCGAACGGACCGGCUUCGCGAGGAGGAAGAAGCACAGCAGUUUGAAGACCGCGAGUGGUUGCAGAUGGAUCUAGAGAUACCGCGUCAGGCAGCGCCAGAGCCGAGUGAUGGCGAGGUAUGUGACACUCCUGGUCAUUGGAAACCAUCAAAACUAAUCCCGGGAUAGAUGUACCUUCUCAAGGUGCCAGGCUUCAUGUCGAUCGAACCCCAAGCCUGGCAAACCACGACAUUUCAACCGCCGACCACAGAUCACCAUUCCAAAGCACCGCCGUCUUCGGCAUUCUCUGCCUUCAACACUGCCAUGACCACCGUCCGUUGGAGGCAUUCUCCUUCAAACCCGUCCGAGCUUCAGUCCAACGCACGAAUCAACCGCUGGUCGGACGGGUCUCUCACUUUACAAAUGGCCUCAGAUCCAGGCACGCAAUACGAGAUCGCCGGCAACCCCCUCGCGCCCCCGCAACGCAAUCCCCUCAAGCCGACGCCUACGAGUAUCAACAACGCGGGUCACAAGGGCGGAAGACAAGGUGAUCUCGAGAAUGAGAAGUACAACCCUCAGCAGGACGCCUUCACAUACCUCAUCAUGCCGGUGGAGCAGGCUGAAGCGCUACGGGUGUCCCACAAGCUUACCGCGGGGCUGACGGUUGAACAAAAUGAGCAAGGAGAUGACGAGGCCAUCGUGAAGCUACAAAACGCUCUGGCGAACGCGGCGAACGCGACAAGAGUUGCCGGCGCGAGCGGCCAGCUCGAAAUCACCGAAGUUGACCCUGAACUGGCGCGCAAGAAGGCGGAAGAGGCCGAGAGACAACAGAUGCGCAACAGGAAGAAGCUCGAAAACGCGCAGGAGCGUGAGAGACUGCGAGCGGAUCGCGCAUUGGGUCGAUCGGGGCUAUCAUCGGGCCGCUACGGUGGCCUCAACGUCGGCAUGCUGGAAGACGACGAACUCGAAGGAGGUGGGCGUGGACGCAUGCCCGGUCGGCAGCGUGCUAAGCCCAGGCGACGACGCAACAGCGAGUACAGCGAGGACGAAGACAACGGACGGAGACACUUCACCAAGGAAGACAGCUAUGAGAUGGAUGAUUUCGUCACCGGCAGCGAUGAAGAGCCGGAGAUUGUGGAAGACGAUGAGGAUGACGAUGAUGGAAUCAUUGAGGAUGUCCGAGAGAGGACGCCUAAGCGUUCGCGGCCUGAACCUGCUGGUGAUGAUGAGGCUGAUGCCGAGGGCGAGCCCGACGAGGAUGUGCCCCAGGUGUCACGGCAGAAGCGGCGCCGGGUCGUCGACGAGGACGAUGAGGAUGAGUGA